AUGGAAUCGAAACGGCAAACUGUCCUCGUUACAGGGGCUAACGGUUAUAUCGGAAAUGCCGUAGCCAAAGCAUUCAACCGAGCCGGUUGGAAAACCUACGGCUUGAUUCGCCGCGACGAAGACGCACCUGAUCUUCGGCAGAACGAGAUUUAUCCUGUUAUUGGCACCCCAAAGGACAUCGUACUUGAAUCAUCGCUCCAAGACCUCGUCUUUGACGUUGUGGUUUCGAACACUGAGGACUGGUCUAACUACGAGGCCCAUUUCGAGGAUGUGAAAUCCAUGCUGGUGGAACUGGGCAAACGGAAAUUGGACCAAACCGGCAAACGCCUCUUGGUACUUUUUAGCAGCGGUUGCAAAGACUAUGGCAUGACGGAGCGUCACGGGGACCCCAGUUUGGUUGCCCACACCGAAUCCAGUCCACUGAACGUAUUACGAAUUUUGGAACCGCGAGCUGUGAAUGUGGCUUCACUCCUAGAAGAGACUACAGCACGGGAAUCCAAGCUUCCAUUCGAUAUGACGGCUUUGCGACCGACAAACGUUUACGGCUACGGGUCUAGUUUCUACGGUGCUCUCUUCUCCUUUAUGGAGAAAGGAGCAGCAGAAAAUGAUGCCCUCAAGGUUUUCGCUGAUCCCAACAACAUCAUGCAUUCUGCUCAUGUAGAUGACUGUGCGGAUGCGUAUGUUGCAUUGGCAGAGCAUCCCCAAAGAGAUGAAGUCAGCGGUCAAGCUUUCAACAUAUCAAAUGCUAGAUAUGAGACUGCUGGAGAGAUCUUGCAAGUACUAGCCAAGUCAUAUGGCGCCACGAUUGAGUACCAGCCUCAAACUCGGGGGAGUUCCAUGUCGGGGGUAAUAGAAGCACUACUUCAAUAUACGCAAUGGGUAUCAUCGGAAAAAAUCCGACGUGUCACUGGGUGGAAGGAGAAGCGCCCCCUAUUUGUAGAUGGUAUCGAAGAAUAUCGUCUAGCCUAUGAAGCGGCUGUGGCAGCAAAGCAUCAGGGUACACUGAAAAUUCGCUCGACCCUCGAUGGUCCAAGUGACCUAUUCAAUCGAUGGAGCAAGGAGUAA